AUGGAUCGACAAAGUUUUGACAUUAAUCUUAGCGCUAUGGAGAAAAACUGUGAUAUGCUAAAAACGAAGAUUGCUAACUUCCGCCUCAUAAGCGACGUUCUGCAAGACAAGACGUACCAACUGUUGAAUAUCAUUCGCAAAAAGGAGGAUUUUUUCGGCAUAUUCACCCGUGAAUAUGAUGAGGUCUCCAAUGACAUUAACUCCGUCCAAGCGGUUAUCGAAAUGUACUCCACCGAGUUAGAAGAGCUUGAGGCUGCAAUUGACGAAUGUAAGCGGGAGAACAGUGCGGCAGGCGCUUCUCGAGGUAAAAGCGGCCCGCACCAACCCAAUAAUGGCGAUUCUACCACCCUAAGUCCACCACAACGUCGGCUGCCAAUUCAGAAGUGCCAGCUGAGGGCACACCUUCCAGAUAACCAGUUCACCGUGGUUGAGGUGCGUCCAGGACAGACGAUACGUCAGGUGUUAGAGAAGAAGCUUUCCCAUCGAUGCUAUCGCACUGAGGAUCUCUCUGUCUAUAGCGUCGGCUCAGGGAAUCUUGUGUUGUGGGACGACGAUGCAGCUGGAGUAGCUCUGGUCUCAGGGGACCUGGUUGUGGAGUUUAACGAUGAGCAGACCCAUCGGCGUCCAAAGCAUGAGUUUCAGCGCAGAAGGUUCUUUGAGACUCAAAUCUGCAGCAUCUGUCAGAAGUUUGUCUUCUUUGGAAUUACUUGCAAAAUUUGCGGCUUGGCGUUUCAUCAGAGGUGCGUUUCGCGGUUGGAGAAGCACCACUUGCAACCUACUGAAGAGGAUAAUUUCAUUGAAAUUCAGCGACUCCUAAAGUGUAGCGGCCAGCGCAGUUCCAAUUGGUUGGCAGUUCAGAACGGCUCGAGCGGUGCAAUUUCCACCACAGGAUCGACAACACCCACAACUGCGCAGGUCUGUGUCUACGAGGCGGCCACGGUGGCAGCGGCGGUGGUGGCUGCGGCUGCUGCGGCGGCAGCAGAGCAGCGAGGAAGCGGAUCGGAGGCGGAUCGCGGUGUCCGUGAUGCAGUCACGGCUAGAAUGCCCUCGGCCCAUCUACUUACUGCUGUUACCCGUGAGCGCUCCUCCUCCAGUCCCAAUGUCUGCCAUCACAUCAAUCCCCAACAGCUACCCUCUUUCUCCAACCUUAUUCCCUGGGCGGGUUCGGUUAAGUCCCACGAUGGUAACCAGCCUUCUAAUCCCUCCAAUGCUGCCGUCGGUGGUGGUGACUCAAGUGAAUUCAAGAGCCCUCUUCCAUCCAAUCUGGAGACAGAAGAUCGUUUAAAAUCGGCGACUGACGGGGGUGAUGGAACCGCCUCUACACUUCGGCAACGCCAACGCCUUGACUCCAGUGACAAGUGGGAGAUUCCCGCAGAGGAGAUCCAGAGGGGUCCACGCAUCGGAUCGGGCUCUUUUGGCACGGUUUUCAAGGGCUACUGGCACGGGGAUGUUGCCAUCAAGGAGCUCAAUGUUGUUGAUCCUACUGCAACCCAGUUAAAGGCGUUCAAGAAUGAGGUUAAUGUUCUCAGAAAAACAAGUCAUGCCAAUAUUCUCCUCUUCAUGGGCGUCGUCUCGAAGCCGCGAUUAGCCAUCAUCACGCAGUGGUGCGAGGGCUCUAGUCUCUACAAACACAUUCAUGUGCACGAACGUCACUUCGAUGUGGAGGAGAUGGUCGAUGUUGCUCGUCAAACCACUCAGGGCAUGGAUUACCUACACGCGAAGAAAAUUCUUCACCGUGACCUCAAAUCCAGCAACAUAUUUCUGCACGAACGGAUUGUGAAGAUUGGUGAUUUUGGCCUGGCCACGAUGAAAACGUGGAAGGGCGGUUCGCGUCAGCCUACUGGCUCUAUCUUUUGGAUGGCGCCGGAGGUGAUGCGCAUGGAGGGUGAGACACCAUACACAAAUCUCUCGGACGUCUACGCCUUCGGAAUUGUAUUGUAUGAGCUAAUCACUGGUCAACUGCCCUUCCGUGGGCACAACAGCCGUGAACAAAUCCUCUUUCUCGUCGGUAAAGGCAUCCUCCGACCCGACAUGUCGGCUAUUCGCUCCGACGUGCCCACCGAGUUGCGCCGUGUAGUCAUCGAGUCCUGCGAGUUUUCGCGCGAUGCUCGACCAAAUUUUUCUCAGUUGCACCAACGUCUGGACGAUCUCUACCGCCGACUGCGAAAACUUCCACGCUGCUCCUCGGAACCGAACUUGCGCAAGUACUGGGGUCGCUGCGGUGUAGGAGAGGACUGCGCCGGUCAACUGCCGCCACCACCACCGCCGCAACCGCUCCCGUUCCCACCCCCACCCCCUCCUCCUCCUACUUAUUCUCCCCUCAUCGAAGAUGUGACUGUUAAGGUCCAAUGA